AUGGAGAACAGGAAACAGCAAUUAAAACAUCAACCUCUUCUUCAACCUGAAGUAGGUCUUGCAUCUUCUGUAUUGGAAACUAUACAGAAGGCAACAGACGAAGAAUAUCAAGAAGCUUUAGAGAGAGAGGCUUCUAGAAGUCUUGUUGAAAUUGAACCAGGUUUUCUUGAUUCUGAACCGGAAAAUUCGAGAAAUUCUGUAACAAUAUUGCUUAGUCCUAGAGAAGAUUUUUUUGACACAGAUGAUGCUAUGCCAGAAGGGUCACAUGAAAAUUCCAAAGAUGUUCUAAUUGAAGAAAUGCAGCGACGUCUAGAUGACUGUCUCAAAUCGGCAAGGAGAGCACAAGACGAAGCCAAUAAAAACACUGAUACUGAGCUGAAAGAUACAAAAGAUAGCUUUGAAUAUGACAGCAAAGAAGCAGAUGAUGAAAGUGAUAUGGAAGACUCUAUUGCUGAAACGAGUGAUAAUAUAAAUGAACAGAUAUCUCAUGAAGAAGGUGAUAGCAUAACAGAUAAGUCAAUAAAAUCAAAACUACAAGACACGGACCCCAAAAUGUAUCUACCCGUGAAUGAAAAAGGUUCUACAAAUAAGGAGUUAAGUAACUUCGAUUUAAAUCCAGAAGGUGACCAGAAUAAGGAUGUAACGAUUAUUCCUCAACCGACAAAUGAAAAAGAUGUUACAAUUCAGUAUUUACAAAAUCUAUCAGACUCUCUUUUACAACAGGAAAAUAAAUUAAAAGCUAAAACCAUAUCUAGCGAAGACGAAACAAAUUUUAAGGACAAUGAAAACCAAGAUUAUGAACCCUCUAAUGAUUUAAAAAAUGAGGAUAAAAGUGCAUCUUCAGAACUAGACCCUACAGAAACAGAAGAAAACCAAACAUCUGAAGACGACGAUCCAAUCAGCAAUGAAACAAAUUUCAAAAACUAUAAAAAAAACAACGAUCCAGAAAGUACCAAAUACACAUAUGACAAAAUAGACAAUGAUAAUGAUGACCUUAACAGUGAUACCACACUUCCAAAAGAUUCAGAAACAAACGAAAUGUCAUCCCAAGCAAGUAAUUCCAAAUAUAAUGCCAUUGUUGCGCCAUUAAGUGAUAAAUUAAAAGGUCCUACAUUGAAAGACACUUUUAGCCUAUUCAAAACACCAAUACAAAUACCUAGUCUUGAAGAAAUAAGACAGGGUAUAUCAGAAAUUAUAGACGCAGGACAAAAGGAAUCUGAAGAUUAUCAAACAGAGUUCGAUCCAUUGAAUGAAAGUUCUAAUCAUGAUUUAAAAUAUAGAUUAGAUACUAAACCAGAGUUCAAACAAGCAAAGCCAAGAUUAGAAGCAAAUGAUUUCUUACAAUCAAUGACAAGGAAACAUGAAGAUGUAAAGGAAAAAUUACAAGCUUUACAUUUAGAUUUUAAUGAUAGAUUGGCUUCAAUGUACAAAAGACUUAACGAACAGAAGUUACAAUCUGUAAAUACUCCGACAUUUAAAGCAAAGGAUAAUAAGUUAGCAUUGCCUAAAUCUGCAUCUAAAAAAGAAAAAUUCAAUCCAAACUUGAAUUCAAACAAAUUGGCCAAAUUGGAUAACAAUUUUCUUUCCCAGCCCCAAACAUUACAAGAUACAUUUAUGAAGAAAAAGCCAACACCAAAAAGCAAUUCCAUAUCAUCAAAAAACCUUUUAAGGAAUUAUAACAUCAAACCAAAGACAAGCACAGUACCUUUAAUAGAAAGAGAACAUUUUAAUAAAAAUCCAAAUCUUUCCGAAAGACAUAAAAUUGCUACAAACAAGCAAAAAACUUUCAAGCCAAUAAGUAAAGUUAAAAUUUCUUUUACCACCCCUAAGCCUUUAUUAGCUUCUGGUCCGAAAAUAACAAAAGAAGAUCCUAUAAAGAUGCCUUCAAGAUUAUCAGAGAAAGAUAGAACGGCCGAUAUAAACAAUCUGAAAGAUAUUUCAAAAUCAUUACGAUCUAGAUUCCAACCAUUAGGCGAUUCAGAUCAUGCGCCUAGCGAAUUAAUAGAAACGAAGCAAUUAAACGAGGAUUCAACAAAUUCCCAGUUCGGUCCUAUGAGUGUAAACAAUCGACCAAGAUUAAAUAACAAACAAGCCGAUUCUGAAAUAGCUCCCUUGAAAGGAACACAAGAAAUUUCUACUAAUUCUAUACCAAAAAAGACGGAAAGUCCAUUAAUAUCUAAUUUAAGAGAAGCCGUAAAAGCUAAAUUACAAAAUAUUACUAACACACAUACAAAAAUGUCUAAAAAUCCAGUCAAAUCAACGAAUUUAAGAGAAGACGAUGCGAUGGUGUCUCCAUCUAUUGUAAAAACUAGUGUACUAAAUAAUCCUUUGAUAGAAAACACUUCAUACAAAUGCGAUACUUUAGGAAAAAGAUCUUCAAAAGUUAAAGACAAACAAUGCGCCGCUCGUGUUGUUGAUGGUAAAUCAGUAGUUUGCGUUUGUAACGACACGUAUUGUGAUACUAUCACCAGGGAUGUACCUGAUAAAGGAAGUUACGUAUCUUACACGUCUUCUAAGGGUGGUUCGAGAUUUAAGAAGAAAAUCGGAAAACUGCUAAGUAAAAGAUCAAAGAAAUCCAAGUACGAGUAUGAAUUGGAUAGUGGUACGAAAUACCAGACUAUCGAAGGUUUCGGUACGGCGGCGACCGGGUCCGCUGGGUACAAUCUUAACACCUUACCAGCUGCAACUCAGGAUAAUUUGAUCAGGUCUUACUUUAGCGAGGAAGGUUUAGAGUAUAACAUGCUACGUGUACCAAUAGGCGGCAGUGACUUCUCCCUGAUUGAACACGCGUACAACGAUCUACCUGUAGAUGACUGUCGCCUUACUAACUACAGUUUGACUUGUGAAGAUUUGAAUUAUAAGAUACCAGCAAUAAAGAAAAUGAUGGAUGUAGCCAAAUCUCCGAUACAUAUUGUAGCAUCGACCUGGUCUCCUCCAAAAUGGAUGAAAUAUUUCAACGAACGUAGUCCUAACUGCGGAUUCCUUAAAACUGAAUACUUUCAGACGUACGCUGAUUACCAUUUAAAAUUUUUAGAUGAAUAUGCGUCGAGAAGAAUUCCAGUGUGGGCGAUCACUACAACCAAUGAGCCUUCGAUAGCUUCUACCAAUAUUCCAACUACCACCUGUCUCGGAUGGACUGACAAUCAGAUUGGUAAAUGGAUAGUCGAGAAUCUAGGACCGACUAUACGUAACUCUUGUCACAAUGAUACCAAAAUUCUAGCGCUUGAUGACCAUAGAUUUACGAUUGACACGGAUUUCUAUGAUAUAAUUAAAGCCCAUCCUAAAGUGUUGGACUAUAUCGAUGGUUUGGCUCUCCACUGGUACUACGACAAAGACGUACCAGUUCAGACUCUUCAGAAGUUUCAGCAGAAUUACCCAAAUUUAAUUACGAUGUCUACAGAGGCCUGUGAAGGUUAUCAAUCAUACGCAAAGAACAAAGUUGAUCUCGGAUCUUGGGAGAGAGCUGAAAAUUAUAUUAAAGAUAUUCUACAGAAUCUUAAUAAUAAUGUAGUAGGUUGGUUGGAUUGGAACUUCUGCUUGGAUACAAACGGUGGACCUAAUUGUAUGAAUAACUUCGUCGAUUCUCCGAUAAUCGUGGAUUCAAAGAAAAACGAGUUCGUGAAACAGCCGAUGUUCUACGCGAUGGGACACUUCUCAAAGUUCAUUCCGCGAGGUUCGCGAAGAAUCGCUGUGCAAGCGAAUUGUUCUCCUAAAUGUAUCGAUGAAGCGGCGUUCCUAACACCACGGAAUACAAUUGUAUUCGUGGUUUAUAACGACAGCUCCACGGCAACUAAAAUAACUGUAAAGUUUGGCGACCGAGAAAUACCAUUAAAUCUGGACGCCAAAUCAAUUACAACAGUGGAAUUUAAUAAUGAAGAUUGUAAAUGCAAAAGCAACACGACCGCGAUCACAGUUCACGCGAGCUCCAAACCCGUGCAUCUAAAAGUGAAAGCUCCCCGUAUCUCUAUACAAAUAUAAAUUACAUUAAUACUUU